AUGGAUUGGAAUUGCGACCCCUCAAGAUAAUCAAUGAUAUUUGAUUAUUAAAUUGGCGACAAAAUGCAUUAUUAUACAACAUGUACUUUAUGCGAUCCUAAUUAUUCUUACUCGUAUAUAGAAAAAAAAUGCGUAAUUUGUUAAAGUGAGAAAAAUUUAAUAGUUAUUGAUGAUAUCUGCAAAUGCAAACCAUUUUAUGGUUUAUUAGAAGGAAUUUGUACACUUUGUGCAAAUGGAUAUUGUCAUAAUUGUGAAAGUGAUGAUUUUUAUUCAUGUACUUCAUGUAAACCAGGAUUAAAUAGAAUAGUAAUAAACAAGCAAUGCAUUUGUUAACCAGGUACAUACGACCCUGAAAAUGAUGAUUAAAUUUGCAUUUGUAAAUUUGUUAUUGAUUUUUAGUCUGUGAUAAAUCUUGUCAAAAUUGCUUUGGUCCAUUAAUUUAAGAUUGUAUUGAUUGUGUAGAAGAAAGUAUAUCAAACAGAAUUUAAAUUGGAAAUGUUUGUCAAUGUAAAACAGGAUAUUCUGAAUAUGAAGUUAAGGAAUAAACCUGUGGAAGUAUUGCUUUUAAUUCAUUUUAGAAUGCCAUGCAAAAUGCUUGAUAUGUUUCUAACCUGCUGAUGGAUCUGAAAACCAAUAUUGUCUUACUUGUAUUCCUGGAUAAAAUCGUGUUGUUUCAGACACUUUUAAAUGUGAUUGUGAAGUUAAUUAUAGUGAUUUUGGGGCAUUUUAGAAGUUUUUGCUGGUAGAUUAAUAAAUUAUACAUAGUUUGUCAUUAUACAUGUGGAAAUUGUAUUGGUGCCGAAGCCACAAAUUGUUCAUAAUGCUCAGAAAUUUCUAACAGAGAAUUAACACCUUUGGGAGAAUGUUUAUGUAAAUAAUGGUAUUUUGAUGAUAAUACUGAAAAAUAUAAAAUGUUAAAGUACUUAAUUAGAUGUGAUUAAUAGAGUGUCAUCAUUCUUGUUUGAUAUGUGCAAGCAGUACUGAAAAGGAUACAUGUUUAGAAUGUCCUUCUAGUAGAACAGCUUAAUCAUCAGGUAGUUUCUUCGAAUGCUUUUGUACUGAUUCAAAUACAUUUGAUGAUGGAUUUUCAUUAUAAUGUCAAUAAUGUGAUUAAUCCUGUAAGACAUGUUUUGGUCCACUUUCAGCUAAUUGCCUAACAUGUGAUACAAAUUAUAGAUAAUUGGAAUUAUCAUUUUGUGUUUGUCCAAUAAAUUAUUAUGAUAUUGGAUAAUUAGAAUGUGCAGGUAGUAUUUAUUCAUUAUUAAAGAAUGUCAUUAUUCUUGUCACAGAUGUUUCGAUAAUAAUGAAGAAAGUUGUAUCAUGUGUUCUUUUGACCUUAAUCUUAGAAUUUUGAAAGGCAAUGUUUGUAAAUGUGUUGAUGGAUAUUAUGAGGAAGUUGGAAUGGCUAAAUGUUAAAGUAAUUAUAAAAUUAUUAAUAUCUAUUAGAAUGUGCAUAUAAAUGUGAGACAUGUGACAUUCAAGCGGAUAAAUGUCUGAGUUGUCCAUUAAAUUCAAUGCGUAAGCUUGAUCCAAUUAAAGGAUGUUAUUGUUCAGAGGAAUACUUUGAUAAAGAAAAUGAGAUAACUUGUCUAAGUAAUAUAAAUAUAAAUUAAAGAAUGCCAUUUCAAAUGUCAAACCUGUCAAGGAAUUGAGCAGAAUGACUGUCUCUCCUGCAAUUCUAAUUAACAUAGAGAAAUUAAAAAUAAUUUAUGUUAAUGCUAACCAAAUUAUUUUGAAAUGGAAGUUUAAGAAUGCUCAGGUAACCAUUAGAUCUAAAAAAAGCUUGUAGCCCAUUUUGUUAUGAAUGUAUUAACAAUUCUAAAAAUUGUACUUCAUGCAACAAUGAUAGAUAUUUAGAUGGAAAUACAUGCAAAUGUAAAACUAAAUUUCAUGGAGUCGCAAUUAGUACAUUUGAUUUUAAUGGAAUGCUUACAUGUUAGAGUAUUUUAUUAAAUAAAAAUUAGAAUGCCAUUAUUCAUGUAGUACAUGCAUAGGAAUGGAUGAAGCAAAUUGUGUUUCUUGUAUAGAUACUGAAAACAGAUUCUAAGUAGGAAAUACUUGUGUUUGUAAAGAAGGAUACUUUGAUACAGGAUUGCCCACUUGUGCAAGUAUAACUGAUUGUUAUAAAUAGAAUGCAGUUAUAAAUGUAAAGGAUGUUAAAAGUAUUUUGACAGAUGUAUUUCUUGUCAAGAUAACAGUUUGAGAUUAUUAGUUUCAGGUUUCAAUAAAUGUCAAUGUAUUCAAGGAUAUUAUGUUAAUGGAUAGAAUAAUGUUUGUUAAAGUAUAUAUGAUUUCUAAUUAUUUUAAGAAUGCCAUUUUUCAUGUCUCAAAUGUAAUGAUAUUGAAACAAAAUGUGAGUUAUGCUCAAAUGAAUCGAAUAGAAUAUAUAAUGAUUAGCUUUUUUCAUGCGAUUGUAAUAUUGGAUAUUAUGAUAUUGGAGUUGAAAAUUGUUUAAAAUGCCACUAUUCAUGUUUAAGUUGUAAUUAAGGAGAUGCAAAUUCUUGUAUUUCAUGUAUAGAUGCGAAUACUACUAAAAGGGCAUUUUAUAAUAAUACAUGUAAAUGUUUAUUUGGAUAUUUUGAUGAUGGUUCAUCAAUAUCAUGUUAAAAAUGUGAUAUUUAAUUUUUAAAUUGUGUUGGAAAAUCUUAUUUAUGCUUAUCAUGUCCUUAGACAAGAAAAAUAGAAACAAAUUGUAAAUGCCAUUAGGGAUAUUACGAUAUUGGAUUAUAACUUUGUUCAAAAUGUAAUUCAAAAUGUCUGACAUAUGAAACCAUAUCAAAUAAUUGCACAUCUUGUGAUCCUAAUUAAUUUAGAGAAAUCAACAUAAUAAAGAGAACCUGCGAUUGCUAAAUAGGCUAUAUUGAAAUAGAUGGAAUCUGUUAAUAAUGUAAUUCAAGUUGUAAGACAUGCUCUUAAUCUCUAAAUUAAUGUACAUCUUGUAUUUAAUAUAAAAACUUAAAAAAUAAUGAUUGUAUUUGUAGUGAUGGAAUGUAUGAAUCAAGUAUUGAUAAAUCAUGUAAGUUAUGUGAUAAAACUUGUUUAACUUGUGCUAAUACCAAUAAUUAUUGUUUAUCAUGCUCAAUUGAUAAUUAUAGACAAUUUAAAAAUGGAAAUACUUGUGAAUGUCUACAAGGAUAUUAUGAAAAUCCAAUUAACUUAAAUUGUGAAAAAUGUAUUAGUUCUUGCUUGACUUGUUCCUUAGUAUAUGAUAAUUGCUUAACUUGUGAUAAUAAUCUUAAUUUAACUUUGGUCAAUAAUAAAUGUUUGUGUUCAUAAUCUUAUUUUUUUGAUUCUGUAAGUCAUUCAUGUUAAUGUAAUAAUAUUUAUUUAUAAAGAAUGCAAUAUCACUUGUUUAGAAUGUUAAUGCAGAAUAUAAACUAGACAUUUAGUAGUAGAUUAAAAUAAGUGUUUAUGUAAUGAUGGAUAUUUUGAAACAAACUAAUAAAAUUGCUAAUGUAAUAUAAAAUAAUAUUUAGUAUGUCAUUUUUCAUUUAAUACUUGUGAAAAUAUCUACACUAAUUGCUUAACUUGUAUGAGUUAAUAUUAUAGAAUAUUAAUAAAUAAUAAGUGUUUGUGUCUGGAUGGCUAUUAUGAAGCUGGAAUCGAAUUGUGUUAUAAAUGCAAUGAUAAUCUUUUGCUACACUUUGUUUAUCUUGUUACGAUUUUGAUCAUAACAGAUAUCAUUCAGGAGAAAAAUGUAUCUGUAAACCCGGUUAUUAUGAAUAAAACACAUUGAUAUGUUCAAGUAAUAAAAAUUAGAUGAUAACAUAGAAUGCUCAAAUGAAUGUUUAACCUGUUAAGGUUCAGCUGGUUAUUGUACAAGCUGUGAUACUAAUUCUAAGAGAGUUGAUCAAUCUAUUAUACAUAAAUGUCCUUGUAUCAUUGGAUUUUAACAACACCAAAAUUUUAUUUGUUAAAGUAAAUUUCACAAUUAUUAUUAGAAUGUGAAAUUAAAUGUUAAACUUGCAUCAAUUAGAGUGAUUAAUGUUUAAGUUGUAAUAUAUAAUUAAACUCUAAUCGUAAAUCUUUAUCUGAUUAAUGUAAUUGUAAAGAUGGUUAUUUUGAUGAUGGAACAUAAAUUUAAUGCUAAAAAUGUAAUUUGUAAUGUAAAACUUUUGAAAUUAAAGCAAAUAAUUGUCUAAUUUGCUAAAAUUCAAUGA